UGAAUUUUUAACCGGAUUUCCGCUUUCUACAGGAGCGACCAGACGCUUCACCGCACGUGGAGUUUAGCAAAGCAGUAUCGUGUUACCUGCAACGUUUGACAUUUUUUAAAAAUAUAAAACAAAGUCUUCGAUAUAUUUUUGUGGAUUUGGAAGCUUUAAAAAGUUUUCGUCAAGAUGUUUCUCCAGUUUUACCUCAAUGAGAACGGGGACAGAGUCUACACUCUGAAGAAACUUACUCCUGAUGGGAAGCCCACCAGCUCGGCCCAUCCGGCUCGCUUCUCCCCUGACGACAAGUUCUCCCGACACCGGGUGACCGUGAAGAAACGCUUUAGCCUUCUGCUUACCCAGCAGCCCAGGCCUGUUCUGUGAGAGAGCGUUGGAGAGGAGGCGAGAGAUGGAUGGAUGGAUGGAUGGAGAUCAGACCAAGAGACGGAGCGAUGAAGGCAAAGAUGGAAUUGUAAAGCAAAUUACACGUUCUGACUUCUGAAAGUGCAGCCAGGACUCGUCCUCAGUUUCACCCAACUCUCCUGGCUCAAAUUUAGUGGACUGUUCAUGCCUUGGAUAUCAGAUGUUAAUUGUCUUUUUAUGUACCGUAACUUCCAGACAUUCAUUUAAGAUUAAUGUUAGAAUUUUGUUUUCAUGCUGAAUAAAUGUUUGGUUGAUGGUUUGUA